AGUCGCCUGUCAACGGAACGCGCAUAUGAAUGCUUUGCAUUGUAAAACAGCACGUGUGUUGCGGUGACUACAUUUAACCACGGCGAAUAAAGUUAUUUAGUGAGUUUUUUUUUUCGUGCGUUCGCCAAUCGUUUAAUAGUUUCAAGCAAAUAAAAAUAAACCAAUCGUGAAAAAAUGACGGAGAGAAGUCGAUUUGGGCUGCACAUGGGAAAUACCACCAUAACGUUGAGCACAUUGAAGGAAGAAAAAGCUGAAAUUGUAGCGAGUAAAUUCGGUGAUCGGUCUUCGUAUGCGUGCAUUGCGGCCUCACAAGAGAGUGAAUUUUGCGUUGGAUUGCCCGCCAAACAAGGCAUCGCACGCAAUGGAACACUCACAGUUGUAAACAAUUUUCAAUUUUUAAGCGAUCAUCUAACGCCCGAACAGAUCGAUGAGGCCAUAUCCAAGUCGUGUUUGUGCAAAGUCAACCAUACGGCGUCGAGCAUAGCAUAUGAAUUGAGCAAAGGCGAUGAUGCUACCACCAAAAUUACACCAUUCGAAGUGGCUGUUCAUUUGCUGAAAAACACCUACGAAAACGCAACAUAUGCCGCUGCCAAGCCCGAAUCCGUACUGGAAGCUGUGAUUGCGGUGCCAAUGAAUUGGUCACAAAAAAGUCGCCAGCAAUAUUGCAAAGCCGUUCGUGAUGGUGGAUUCGAAGUGAUUGGUGUGAUCACCGAACCAUCGGCCGCUCUUUUGGCCUAUGACAUUGGCAUCGAUGCCAGCGAAAUAUCAAAUGUGUUUAUCGUUCGUCUGGGCGGUCUUAGCACCGAUCUAACAAUAAUGUCCGUUCGCGAUGGAUUGUACAGCGUUGUUGAUAGCCUGCAUUUGUCACACUUAGGCGGAAAUAUUUUAACGAAAGCGCUCAGCGAAUAUUUGGCCAGUGAAUUUUUCGCCAAGUAUAAAUUAGAUCCACGUGAAAGUCGACGCACAAUGGUCAAAUUGAACGAAACGGCGGAGAACGUCAAGCACAUUCUGUCCACCAUGCCAUCGGCACAUGUUUUCGUCGAAUCGCUUAUGGAUGGCAUUGAUUGGAGCCAGAAUAUUAGCCGAGCACGUUUCGAAAAUGUCAUCGGCACCAAAUUGCAACUAUUCAGUCGACCCAUCGACGAAUUUAUCAAAAAGAACAACGUUAACAUUGACAAGACAAUUUUUACGGGUGGAUCAAUGAAAAUUCCAAAAUUGCAGUCAACCAUUUCGGCAUUAGUACCAAAAGCGCAGGUUUUAUCAUCGAUACCACCGGAUGAAGUGAUCUCGAUUGGAUGUGCCAAACAAUCGGCCUAUCUCAACGGAACCGAUUUCGAUGAUGUUGCUGAUAAUAUUGAUAUGGAAAUCACAACGAUACCCGAUGACAUUUCAUUUCAACUGGUCGAUGGCGAUAACAAACCAAUUGGCGACACAGAAACGGAAUUUCUUUUUAAAUCCGGUGCCCUUGUGCCAAGUAUACACGGUGUUACGAUAGCCAAACAAAUGCAACAUCCCGUUAAAUUGGCCAUUAAACAAGGCGAUCACAUAGACUACAUUGAAAGUGAUCCGACGAAGGAUUUAACGGAAAUCACAGCCCGUUUGCAUGGCGGCAUUCGAAAACACAACGACAACACACAAACCAUUGAACCAGCCACCGUUCAUGUGCAUCUGAACUAAUGCAAGCGCUUAGUCUCUUUCUUUGACUCUUUUAUCGUUGUUUAAGAUUCAAUUGUAAUAUAAAAUAAAUAAACACACAACCAUUACAUUUCUCCGAUUAAAAACUUUUAAAUAAAAAUGCCAUUUAAAUGACACGACA